AUGAUACAAGCUGAAGCUGAAUGUGGUUGCAUUACUACUGAUUGCUGGACAUCCAGGAGUAAUAUGGGUUAUAUCGCUAUUACAUUUUAUUUUAUUGACAAAAAUUUCAGUCUGAAAUCUGUUUUGCUUGGUUGCCAUGAAUUUUCUGAAAGCCACACAGGUUUAAAUUUAAGCAUAAAAAUAAAAAUGACAUUAGAAGAAUGGGAUUUAGAAAAAAACAUUUGUUUUGCAGUAUCAGAUAACGCAAACAACAUAAAAAGUGCUUUACCCAAACUUGAGUUAAAACAUUUUGGAUGCUUUGCUCACACGUUAAAUUUGAUUGUUCAAGGGGCUUUAAGAAUUGAAUUUAACCUUAUAGAAAAAAACGAUUGUGACCCAUUUCAGAAAAAGUACAUCUGCAAAUAA